GGAAGCUUUUUGUCAUUUGACAAGUGAGCGCGACUGAUGCUCUCAAGUACCCUCUCCCGGCCAUCAGUGAAACAUCUCAUCUCGACAUGCAGAGACCCGCAAACACUCGCCCAGAUCCACGCCCUCGUGAUCCUCACCGGAUCCCUCUCCCACCCCCAAUCCCCUGGCCGCUUGAUAGCAGCCUACGCCAGACUCGGCGACAUUGCCGCCGCCCAGUCCGUGUUCAAAACCACCUCCUCACACAACGUCUCCACCUGGAACUCCCUUAUCAUCGCCCAAUCCCGGUACAACUCCCCGGCUGAAGUCCUCCGCCUCUACCACCUCAUGCUUUCUGAUGGCCGCGUCCGGCCGGAUAGCUCCACCUUCACCGUGGCCCUCAAAGCCUGUGCCCAGUUAUCGGACCUCAAAACUGCCGAGGAGAUUAAAACCCAUGCAUUUGGUUCAGGAUAUAAGCAUGAUGUGUUUGUUUGCUCCUCAUUGUUGAAUUUGUAUGCAAAAUGUGGGAAGAUGGAUGAGGCAAUGAAGCUUUUUGAUGAAAUGCCAAUGAAGGACCUCGUCUCGUGGACUACGAUGAUUAUGGGUUUUGUGAAUGUCGGAAGGCCAUUAGAGGCAAUUGGGAUCUAUAGAAAGAUGCGGGCAGAGAGUAUGGAAGGGGAUGAGGUCGUGAUGGUCGGCCUGAUACAAGCAUGUGCGGCGAUGGGAGAUGUGCGGAUGGGUCGUUCCAUUCAUGGGCACAUGAUCAGACGUUGCAUGAGGAUGGAUGUUGUUGCAGAGACUAGCCUUGUUGACAUGUACGCCAAGAAUGGGUCCUUGGAGCUCGCACAUCUCGCCUUCGAGCGGAUGCACUGUAAGAAUGUUGUGUCUUGGAGUGCUUUGAUUUCUGGAUAUGCUCAAAAUGGGCUUGCAAGUGAUGCACUACAGAUGCUGGUAAGGAUGCAGGAAUGUGGUCUGCAGCCUGACUCGGUUGCACUUGUGAGUGCUCUUCUGGCAUGUUCACAGAUCGGGUUUUUGAAACUGGGCAAGACAAUACAUGGGUACAUUGAGAAGAGGCUUGAAUUUGACCAGAUUUUGGGAACCGCAGUGAUUGACAUGUACUCCAAGUGUGGGUGCCUCUCAAGUGCUCGUUCUUUGUUUGAUAGGGUUGGGUUGAGAGACUCAAUAUCUUGGAAUGCGAUGAUAGCUAGCUAUGGUGCCCAUGGUCAUGGUAAGGAAGCCCUUUCAAUUUUUCUUGAAAUGAGUGAAACUGGAUUGGAGCCUGACCAUGCCACUUUUGCUUCACUUUUGUCGGCUUUUAGUCAUUCAGGUCUUGUAGAAGAAGGACGCUAUUGGUUUCAUCUCAUGCUCCAAAAGUUUGGAAUUGAACCUGCUGAGAAGCAUUAUGCUUGUAUGGUGGAUCUUUUGGCUCGUGCAGGUCAUGUCAAAGAAGCCCAUGAACUCAUCAAGUCAAUGGUUAUCAAGCCAGGGAUUGCAGUUUGGGUUGCUCUCCUCUCCGGUUGUCACAAACAUAAAACGUUGGAGCUUGGAGAAUAUGUGGCAGGAAAGGUUCUUGAGUUAAAUCCAGAUGAUUUAGGGAUACAUGCCUUGGUUUCUAAUGUUUUUGCUGCAGGAAAAAGGUGGGAUAAAGUAGGUGAGGUAAGAAAGGCAAUGAAGAAGAUGGGGAUGAGGAAGGUUCCAGGUUAUAGCUUGGUGGAAGUGAAUGGGAAACUUCAUGCAUUCUUAGUGGAGGAUAAGACUCAUCCACAACAUGAGAAGAUCAUGGAGAUGUUGGAGAGAUUGGAUUAUGAGAUGAGAAAAAUGGGUUACAUUCCAAAGACAGAGUUUGUUUUCCAUGAACUUGAGGAGGAUGUCAAGGAGAGAAUGCUCUGUAACCAUAGUGAGAGGCUGGCCAUCGCCUUUGGGCUGUUGAACACAAGCCCAGGAACAAGGAUUGUGAUCAUAAAGAACCUAAGGGUUUGUCUGGACUGCCACGUCGCGACUAAGUACAUUUCAAAAAUUGUAAACCGGGAAAUUGUAGUAAGGGAUGUGAAACGAUUCCAUCAUUUUAAAGAUGGAGUGUGCUCUUGUGGGGAUUACUGGUAAAAUUCAUUCCUAGGAAAGGUGGUUCUUGACGGAGAGAAAAGAACAAAUACCUUAAGCUUUCAAUUAUAUGAGCAGCCGGAAGCAGGUUCAGGAGCAACAGAUAUUGAUCCUAAGAAAACCUGCUAUGAUGAAGGAUAGGGACAGUUGCAAACUUGCAAUACAGAGCAGGUAUUAUUUGGAAAGUAAAAGAGAUCUCGUAAUGUUGUUGGGUGAUGAUGGCAAGGAGGAUAUUAUGUUUCCAAGCUUUGCAGACAAGCCAUUCAAAUUGUUGAUCUACUGCUUCAAGCAGUCUGCUAGCAGGCUGCUGUGGAUCCUGACUUGUGGCUCUUGUGAUCUUCAUUGGCAUACUUUUUUGUUGGAAACCUUGACCAAGGGCAUCAACUGACUGGUGCAGAGAGCAUUCAUGAUUGAUUCCGUCCUUUACUUGAAAGACAUAUGGCUUCUUUGCUUGAUUCCAUCCUUUCCUUGAAAAAAGAUGUUCUGCUCCUAACGAUGGCUUCUCCAUUUCGAGAGAGAGAGAAGUACCUCUAAGAACAAGAGAUAGAAGGAAAAAUUAUGCUAUUGCUGGUAUUAAUGCAGAAAAAUGAGAAAUUACAACUUUAGAUUCAUUUUUUAAGGACCAGAUACCUCUAUUUAUAUUAGCAAAGUCUUUUGAACCUACCCAUGAAUGCAUCUACAUUCAUUCCUUGCUAAAAGGAUAAGAGAUUUUAAAUAAAGAGAAAGAUUAAUCCUUAUAAUCUGUCAGAAUUUGAUUAUAUCAGCCAUCCUUCCAAAUCUACUUAGAUUUGAUGAUGUUGGUCAUAUUUGAUCAUACCUUCGAGAUUUUGUAAUCUGCCAAGAUUUGACUAUAUCAGUCAUCCUUCCAAAUCUGCUUAUAUUUGAUGAUUUCAACCACAUUUGAUCAUAUCUUCAAGAUCAACUAGUACCAGCCUUCUAAAUUGGUUUAAAUCAGACUGAUGUCAAAUCCCUAUGUUUCCUUGUUCUGCCUUUGACAUGUACCUAAGCUACAGGACCGUUGGGUACUAUAACAGAAAGACAUGUGGCUUCUCUUCAGGCUGGAAAAAUGGUGAUGGCAGUUGCUCCUUUUAGCAGCAAAAAAUGAUUUGCCAUGCUGUUCUAUGCGUGCUGGUGUAGAAUUAAGUAUGUAGUUGUUCUGCCUUUUCCACUUCCCUGUUCCCAGUAUUGGUCCAUGUCAACUGCAGCCGUAAGAAGCUGUUGCAGUGUUCCAUGUGGUUUACUUCUGUGAUGAAGUUUAUGACUGCCCUUUCUGGUGAAUGCAAACAGGCAUAUUGGAAUUAUUACGAUCGAUCAGUAUGUCAUCAAUAGAGGAAAGGGGCUGACACAGUUCCAGGUAGUCUACUUUAUGGUGUUUGGCUUAUCAGUCUUUUCAGGCAAUGUGCUAUCUGCUUCAGUGUCUGUUCGUAAUGUGACUCAUUGAUCACAGUCUUUAUAAUCCAAUUACUCUUGUGGCUGAAUAUAUUUUUAGUUUGUUU